AUGAGCCGUUCAUCACCUCCCCCACCAAGGAGAUAUAGAAGAAGCGAAUACGACGAAGAAGAUAGACGUCGUGAAACCCGCCACAAUAGACGUAACUCAAGAUACUCAGAUUACAGCGAUAAUGAAGAUGAUAGAAAUGACAGAAGGAGAAAAGAGGAAAGAAGAGAAAAACCACGUAGAGAGGAAAGACGUGAUGAUCGUUCAAGGAAAGAAGAGAAGCCACGCAAGGAGGAUACUCUUCCAUUCUCCAACAAAUACCAAAUUAAGCUUCCAAAACAGAUUACAGACGGACUCCUUAAGAGAGCUGGUUCAGAUCAAACAUACAAGACCAUGCAACUUGAACUUAUAUUGACAAAGGAAAAGAAAUAA